AUGGCAGAUGUAGAUAUGACAGAUGCUCCUCCAGCUACAGGGAAGAAGGGCGGUACUAAGAAGGCAGCAGCAGGUGGUGAAGGAUUGGAAGGUAAAAAGCGCUUCGAAGUUAAGAAGUGGAGCGCGGUAGCUUUAUGGGCAUGGGAUAUUGUUGUUGACAACUGCGCUAUUUGCAGAAAUCACAUUAUGGAUCUUUGUAUCGAAUGUCAAGCAAAUCAAGCUUCUGCCACAAGUGAGGAAUGCACUGUAGCUUGGGGAAUCUGCAACCACGCUUUCCAUUUCCAUUGCAUUUCCCGCUGGCUAAAGACACGCCAAGUUUGUCCCCUCGAUAACAGAGACUGGGAGUUCCAGAAGUAUGGUCGUUAA